AUGUCGUUUUCAGGAAACGAGCCAAUAUUUUUCUUUUGUCGCCACUGGAUUUUGAGUGCAUUGGAGCACAAAGAGUCGAUAACAACCAGCGAUCAACAGAUCAGCCGGUUCACACGUUCACUGACGUUUCUGGGUUGGCCAAGUGCACCAGGCUAUCAAUCGCCUAUCCAGACCGGGGUUCACGGUAAUAAAAAGGCAUUAAAGAGACUGUGUUCCACAAUGGAUGGACUGUGGGCUGCUCUACCGCAGAACGCUUGGUCUGGACAGAUCACCCGGCAAGAAAACCUCAUACACAGGAAAUACAACCGCGAUAUGAGGUCCAAAAUACACCGAUUACCAAGACCGUUGAAAUUCGAUCAUGCAAUCCGGAGGUCUCCGAAAAGCUGCAGUGACCUGCGGACUUGUGUUGACCUGCAACUGGUUCACCCGGACCUUCAGACUGACAGUGACUUUAUUCGGUUUUACGGAGUGACGGCGAUUAGUUUACUAAUCCUCCUUAAAUCUGCUCUCUCCUCGUGGGAGUUUGCGCGUAACUCAAAAUACAUGCGACUACGGAUUAGUUCCACAAACAUUCGUGUUAAUUUCUGCGUGAAUCGACAUCUCGGAGAGGAACUGGAAUUUAUGAAUGCCGUGGAUAGUCGAACAGAACUAUACUGCAAGCUUGAGAUGGAGGACGGCAACUAA